UGCAUGCCGCCUGCAUACGCCGUGCAACCUUCGGGCGGAUAACCUGCCCCAAGUCGAUUGUUACACGCCCCGUCGCAGGCGCGCUAAGGGGGGGAAGGAGGAUCCUUCAGAAUCUACCUACCUCGGCGGGUGAGGUGCCACGCUAUCUGGUGCAACCCGAAGCUGAAGCACCUUUCCGAUCGACGCUUUGCUUACAUGUAACGGCAGCACUUUCACGGGACAUGUUGUCACUGUUAUAGCAACCACGACUUGCAUUCAAACAAUGGCCCCUACAUCCUCAAACCCUGGACCGUACUCGCUCCCCGACAAGGACGAAGUGCAACUAUCCGCCGAAGACGACUGGACCAGAGUCAAGGACAGGAAGGAGAAGAAGCGGAUUCAAAACCGCGUGGCCCAGCGCUCAUAUCGGAGUCGCAUGAAAGCUCGGCUUGGAGAACUCCAAUCCCGCCUGCAGGCUCACGAAGAGCAAAAGGCAAAAGAGGAAGCGGAGCGCUGCGAUCCAUCACCACUGUCCCCUCCAUCAUCAUCCGCCGCAACUUUGCACCUCACCAGCACGCCUCCGUCUGGGAACAAUGGUAGCACAAACGACACUGAGCCAAGCUCCAUCAACUCUGCGUCGCCACCAACACCACCCCUGGCUAUCGGCGACCUGAAUACCAGCCAACAGGACGCCAAAGACAUAGAUCAUUUUCAACACCAAAUCGACAUGGCCGGCCAUGACGACAGUAAGUGGUUUCUCGACUCGGCCCCGCUCAUGCAGCACGGAGACACCUCGUCUUAUAUUCAGCCAUCGAUCCCAACGCCUCCUGUCUCCCUCGGCCAGUGCCCACCGAUUCCCGUUUAUAUGCCUGAAGGGCCCCGAAAUGACCCCGAUGGGCCAGCGAGCUUAUCGCAAUCAAUACUCCAGGAUUGCCUUCGUUUUCAAAUGCAGCUACUGGCCAAGAUCAACAACCCGUCUGAAGCAUCUUCGGCUGCGCACAAGGCCGAAGUAUCGGCUGCUAAAUCACCUGGACCCCUUCAACAGUCACAGUGGUCGCCCUGUGCAACGAAUUCGGCCGCAGCCGCGCAGAGCAUGAUGUCGAGUACGAACAUGACUCGGGGUAACUCUUUCAGCGUCUCGCCUGCAGACUUCCACAAUUUGGAUGAUAUGAUGGAGUUGACAUCCACCGGCGACCUGCCCCAUGCGACCUGGAGGUCGAGCCAUCAAUUCUCGGGUCCGGAGACUACACCGCGUUCGCACACCGCAGACAACGCAACACAACAACAAUCGCCGAUUAGUCAUGACCCGCCAUCAGUCACUCCAGAUGAUGCGGUGCCCGAUCGCCACUACGCCUUUGCCGCAAAAUCCUCAUCCUCGACACAGGGAUCAAGUCUGAGCAUCGAGGACCGCCUCGAAGCAGCCAUUGAAGGCUUAGAAGCCCUGGGGUUUAACAACGUCGACUCGUUUGCUGAAGCAUACUACAACUCCAGCUUUGACGAAUCAUCACCAUUAGCAGCUGAGCAGUCCAUGAGCCGAAAGCGCCGAUUGCCUAGGCUUCUCUCACAAGUACUGGAUUCCGCUCAGUCAUGGGACCCCUGGGAGCACAGAGGCCUCAAUGAAGAAAUUCUUAGAACAGCGGAGUCUCUCCUAGUGGCCGAGGGGAAAGCCACGGACGAGAAGUCUUUAGAGGCAAGUAUAGAUCGUUUAAUACAGACUACAGAAGGCCCUAGCAAGCUCUCUUCGUCUGCCUCAGCAACAACGCCACAGCAAAAUAUCACGGUAAUGAAAAAAGCAUUACAAAACGAGCUACCGAACCUUUGGUCGGUGAUGAUGGCUCUCGCUGGCGGAAACCGCGUUUCCAGACAGCGUGACAGGUCAAACAUGGUCCUCGCCGCCAUGCUCAUUCUGCACUGCUCAAACAAAAUGACGAAACAAAAUCUGUUGGCAUUUUUGGAUGUCUGUCUAUAAUAGCUUUUAAAGACUAUACAGUGGCCCGGCUGUAUCGCCGGAUGGGAAAACAAGCUAUGAUUGAUGAGGAGGGCGGGGAACUGAGAAUCUCUACAGUGCUAUACUAGAAUGGUCGGGUUCCCUUGCGUCUUUAAGAUAUCAUCUGGGACCUCUAGAGCUGUUUGCUGCCCAGAACCUAGUCAGACAUAUUACAAAAGUCGCGAGGGC